AUGAGGCAGGGUUAUGCAUGGUUUAAAAGGAAGCAUCUAAGGAGGUCAAUUAAAUGGCAAACCAAAACUGUCGAGGUUAUAAUCAGGGAGGAAAUCAAGGCUAUCAUCAAGGUGGAAAUUUCUCUUAAAAUCAAGGUCAAGGUUGGAGAUUUCAUUUGGGGAACAACUUUAACAAGGAUCAAGGGGCCCCAUCCAAUCGACCUCCUAAUCAAGAUCACAGAGUCAGCAAUCAAAAACCUUGAAGUGCAAGUAGGCCAACUUGAGGAGAAUUCCAAUGGGAAUUUUGUGGCUAACACCGAGAAGAACCCCAAGGAGGAAUAUAAGCAGUUCAUAUUCCCAGUAGAUUUUGUUAUCAUGGGCAUUGAAGAAGAUUUGGAUGUGCCUUUGAUUUUGGGAAGACCAUUUAUGCUCAUUGCUAAAUGUGUUGUUGACAUAGGAAAUGGUAAUCUUGAAAUGAGUGUGGAGGACCAAAAGGUGACUUUCAAUCUCUUUGAGGCAAUGAAGCAUCCUAGUGAUAACAAAACUUGCUUUAGAGUGUAG